AUGCACAGAACAUAUUUUGUUGGGCUAAUGUACAAUUUUAAUCCAAAUAUGUUAAAAGUUAGGGUUAAAAUUUCACCUUUAAGAAAUCAAUUAUUUAAAACGAAUACAAUUAACCUUCAAAUAAGCAAACGAGGUUUUCAUAAUUCUAACCUUUUAAAUAAACCAGAACAAGAAUAUAAAAUUAAAGAUAUAAAGAUUUCGCAAAGUGAAACUUCUCAAGAUAUAUCUUUUCUAAAAUCCUUAGCUCAAGGUUUCUAUUCCCAUACUCAUAGUCAUCAAACCAAUAACAUUGCAUCACAUUCUCAUGGACAUUCACAUGGCCAUUCACAUAGUCAUUCACAUUCGAAUCCUAUGUUGGUUCUAGAUGCUGAAGAGAUAAGAAAAAAUGCAGGCGUGAGAGUCACCUGGAUAGGUCUAGGGAUUAAUGUUGCCAUAGCUGUUGGGAAAUUUAUUGGUGGUAUAGUGUUUCAUUCGCAAGCUUUGUUUGCCGAUUCCAUUCAUGCAUUAAGCGAUAUGGUAUCAGAUUUCUUAACAUUAUUUUCUGUUCGUUUAGCUGCCAAUAAACCUACAGUAGAUUAUCCAUUUGGUUACGGUAAGAUUGAAACAGUAGGUUCAUUAGCUGUAUCUACUAUCCUAAUGACAGCAGGUAUUUCUAUUGGAUGGUCCUCAUUGUGUACAAUUGUAGGUCCUAUUAUUCCACAUACAAUUAUUGAAACAUUAGUAAUGUUCGGCUCUGGGUCUCAUGACUCAGUACAAUCGACAGUAUCAGAUGCAACAGCAAUACAAGAGGUCACAAAUGUUAAUGCUGCAUGGAUUGCAGCAUUAUCUAUUGUUGCUAAAGAAUGGAUCUUCCGAGUAACAAAGAAAGUAGCCAUCGAAACCAAAUCUAAUGUUCUUAUGGCCAACGCCUGGCAUCACCGUGUGGACUCAUUAACCUCUUUGGUUGCGUUAGUCACUAUUUCAUCAGGAUAUUUGUUUAACAUUCAAUCGCUGGACACCAUUGGUGGUCUUAUCGUUUCUGGUUUAAUUGUGAAGGCUGGUACAGAAGGUAUGAAUACCUCAAUAAGGGAAUUAAUCGAUCAAUCCCUGGAGAAAGAUGAUGAAAUGUAUGAAGAGAUAGAGCAUACUUUAAUUGAUUCAUUGCAUGAGCUUGCUCAUAGCUUAAACUCAUCACCAUUACAAUUGGAUGAAUUAAUAGUUUUGGCAUCCGGACCAAAUUUAAUGGCACAUGCAAAGAUUAUUGUUCCUUCAAGUAAAUCUCAUAUUUUCACUAUUAGUGAAUUAUCUAGAGUCUCGAAUAAUAUACGUUCAACACUAGAAAAAAAUGUCGAUAAUUUCAAAGAAAUUAAGAUUGAAUAUGUGGAGGAAAAUAACAACCCUGAAUUGAAGUUCACUCCAUACAAUGCAAAUUUAGUAUCGGUAGAGCAUACAACAACGCAUAGUCAUAGUCACACUACAUCAACUCCACACACACACUUACAUUAG